AUGGCCUCAACACAGCACACUCUAGAAGAUGGACCAUUUGUUCCAGUUCUGGACAUCAUUGAUACCGGAACACUGUAUUACAAUCUUGGUACAGACAAUCCUGCAAAAAGUCCUAGCACUCCCGAAGUUGCGAGAAUAACCGCGGCAAUUAUGGAAGCAAAGUUCGCCACGCUGCACACACGCAAAAUUAAUGGCAGAGUUCCGGAUCUCUCCAUCGAACGCAAGAAGGCGUUUGGCAAUGUCAUUAGAGAAUCGAGAAAGAAAGUUCCCAAGGAGAAACUAUUUGUGUUACUCAAAAUCCAAGAGCCGACGAAGAGGACCGGUUCCUUGGCUAGUAGCUUAAAAUCUAUGAUGACUGCUAGCUUGGGCUACAUGGGGCUCGAUAGCGUAAACCUGUAA